CUCUGUUGUUAUUGCUUCGCUUUUGAGAAUCAAGGUUGUAAAAUCACAAGUUAAAGUAGCUUUGAAGAGACAUGAAAAUUCAAUAAGACGUGCUGCUAAUAAAGGUGAAACAAAGACUAAUUGGGUUGCCCAACAUUUCGGCUGGACAAAAUUUCAUCCAAAAAAAUUCACUAAUCAUCAUUAA